AUGACUUCAGAGACACGUCCUUCUGUGCUGAUCGUUGGCGCAGGGCCUGUAGGCUUGAUGCUCGCCCUCUUGCUCUCAAAUCGAUCUAUUCCAGUGCAUGUCAUCGACAUGGCUGAUACACUGGAUGCUAGGCCUCGUGCAACGCACUAUGGCAGCCCAGCCGUACACGAGCUAGAGCGAGCCGGAGUGCUAGAGGACGUGCGAAGACAAGGACAUAUCCCUCGAUGCACUAUGUGGAGGAAGCUCGACGGCACUCCUCUGGCGGGCCUCGACCGGAGCUGCCUCGACGAAAUUGAUUCAAUCCACUGUUUGCCAUUGGACAGACUGGGACAACUACUACUUUCCCGCCUUGAGAAAAACCCUUUGGCUCGGAUCUCGUGGGGUCAUAAAGUGGUAGAAGUCGGUCAAGAUAAUGACAAAGCCUGGGUCGAAGUCGAAACCCCGGAGGGCAGGAAAAGAUUAGAAGCGCUGUACAUUGCAGGUUGCGAUGGUGCAAAGAGUCAGAUACGGCGUAGCCUUUUUGGGGACAAAAGUAUGCUAGGGAAGACUUGGGACCACCAGCUUGUCGCAACAAACGUGUAUUACCCAUUCGAGAAGUACGGGUAUAGCGAUACAAAUUUCAUCAUUGAUACUGAAAAUUGGCACAUGGCUGCCAAAAUAUCCAAUGAUGGAUUAUGGCGGGUUACCUACGGUGAUGAGCAAGGCUUGUCUACCGAAGAAUUGCUCGCGCGACAACCGGCUAAAUUUGAGAAAAUCCUCCCUUCUCAUCCUAAACCUGGAAAGGAAUACGAGCUUGUGAGCAUUAGUCCGUACAGAGUUCACCAACGUCGAGCAAAGAGUAUGCGGGUCGGUCGAAUUUGUCUUGCAGGCGAUGCUGCUCAUUUAUGCAAUCCAUUCGGCGGCCUUGGCCUCACUGGUGGCCUGGUGGAUGCGGGUGCCCUUUACGAAUGUCUGUCCGGAAUCAUCGAAGGGAAAGCGGAUGAAAGCAUUCUUGACAAAUACAGCGAGGUCAGACUCGGGGCGUUCAACUCUUACGUUGACCCAAUAUCUACCAACAACUUCUUGCUGCUCCAGCGAGAUCCUGGUGACCCAACCCUUUUACAGCAUCCCUUCAUACAGGCCGCCAAAAGAACAGCAAAUGACGUUGAAUUCUCAAAAAAAUUCCAGACUCUAUCGCUGCAGACGAGAGUCGAUUUGACUAAAUUCUUUUCAUCUGCAUGA